UUCCUUUCAACUUCCCUUUCAGUCUUUCUAAUUCUCUCCUUCUAUUCGCUUUAUUAAUUAUACUUAAAACAUAUUUAUAAUUUUUCCUUUCCAGUUAUAUUGCACGUUUUUAACCAUGGAAACAUGGUUCCUCAGCCUUGUCGCCCUCUCCAUUUCCGUACUCAUCACUCUCUUCGUCUUCAACCCUUUCUCCAAAAAACUCUCCCACAACCUCCCUCCCGGCCCUCCCACUAUUCCCAUCAUCGGAAACUUAUUACUGUUUUUCAAAAGUUUCCACGAACUUGAGUCCAUCCUCCGAAACCUCCACAAAAAAUAUGGCCCCAUCCUCACUCUGAAAAUUGGCUCUAAACCUGCAAUCUUCAUUGCCAAUGGCUCUCUCGCUCAUCAAGCUUUAAUUAAAAACAGUUCCAUCUUUGCCGACCGUCCACCGGUCCUCCUCACGGACAAAAUCAUAUCCAAUAAUCAGCACAACAUCAAUACCGCCUUUCACAGCCCCACCUGGCGGCUCCUCCGCCGCAACCUCACCUCCAAAAUCCUCAACCCUCCGCAGGUGAAGUCAUACUCCCAUGCACGCAAGUGGGUGUUGGAAAUUCUCAUUGGGAGACUGAAGUCUCACUCAAAAUCUGGUGUUAUAUGUGUGGUUGACCAUCUUCGAUACGCCAUGUUUUGCCUGUUGGCACUCAUGUGCUUUGGCAAGAAGCUUGAAGAAGAACAAAUCAAAGAGAUUGUUCGAGCGCAGAGAAAUCUACUAUUGAGCCUCCCCCGGUUUCGGAUUCUCAACGUCUGGCCGACCGUCGGAAAGAUUUUGUUCCGAAAGCGGUGGGAGGAGCUGUUUCAGAUGAUUCGAGACCGAGGAAACGUAUUGAUCCCGCUUAUAAGAGCAAGAAAGGUGAUGAAACAAGAGAAGGUUAACACAAAAUCCGAUCCUGAACAAACAAAAAUCAAAUGUUACGUUGAUACGUUGUUUGAUUUGGAGGUCCCCGAAGAAAAAAGAAAGCUUGAAGAAAGUGAAUUAGUAGGUUUGUGCACCGAAUUCCUCGAUGGUGGAACUAGUACUACAAUCACAGCGCUUCAAUGGAUCUUCGCAAACUUAGUAAAGAAUCCUGAAAUCCAAGGGAAGCUCUACAUGGAGAUGAAACAAAAUCUAAGUGAAAAAUAUUUAAAUCAAGAAGAAAUUAAAGAAGAAGAUUUGCAGAAGUUGCCUUAUCUAAAAGCAGUAGUUUUGGAAGGCUUAAGGCGCCACCCUCCGGGCCAUUUUGUGCUGCCACACGCGGUGACAGAAGACACAGUUUUGAAUGGCUAUUUAGUUCCCAGAAAUUGUGUGGUGAAUGUCACAGUGGCGGAGAUAGGUUUGGAUCCAGAAGUGUGGGAAGAUCCUAUGGCGUUCAAGCCAGAGAGGUUUUUGAGGAGUAAUGGAGAAGAGAUUGAGUUUGACAUUACAGGGAGUACGGAGAUAAAAAUGAUGCCAUUUGGAGUAGGAAGAAGGAUUUGUCCUGGGAUGGAUUUGGCGAUGCUUCAUUUGGUGUAUUUUGUGGGGAAUUUGGUGUGGAAUUUUAAGUGGUCAAGUUUGGAUGGAGAGGAUGUCGAUUUGAGAGAGAAGCAAGAGUUUUUCACUUAUGUUAUGGAAAAGCCACUACAAGCUCACUUGUCUCCAAGAAAUUGAAAUAUUUGAAUUAAAUUAUAUUAUAGUACUAUAUGCGGUCAGUAGUCAAGUCUCCAGUUCUAGCAUUGAAGUGGUUAUCAGAAAAAGGUUGUAGUGUUGAACUAGUGCACUCCAGAAGAUAAGAUCUCAAUAAACUUUUCUUUUGCUCAA